UCAAAGAAUAUCUUCCUGUCGUCUCUCAACUGUCAUGUUUCGUGGGACGUGGAAAUUAACGGAGAUGUAAUAUGUUAAGAGGAUACAGUCCUGGAGAAGAAGGAUCAGAAGAAAUCUAUUCUAGUUGUGGAUACAACUCCAGGUCUAGAUCUCCAGGAGGUUCAGGAACCAGGUAUAGAUCUUCAGGAGGGUCAGGAAGCAGGGCAGGACGAGGAGGAUCGGAGAACCCUCCUCACCUUGGAUUCUAGCUCAGAAGGGGCUCCGAUUUCAUUGAGUUUUGGAGCUUUAAAGCGAACAACUUCUUCAGCAACCGGGUUUAGGAGAACAAGCUUUUCCAGUGAUCAUAGAACUUAUAUUUCCUUUAGUUCUCCGGAUCCUGACAGACCAAUGAGUACUUUACCCCAGGAUGUGUCCGACACCGAUCUAGAAUUAGAAUACAGUUCAAGUAUCACAGAGAUGGCCGAGUCAAGGAAACCGAAGAGAAGGACUUCUAAUAGUUCUAGUGUCAUGAGCAGGACGGGUCGGAGUAGAACAGGACGGAGUAGGACGGGUUCGAUUCAUACAGCCAUAUCUUCUCUCCAAUCUGACUCAACAUACGAGGCUUUAAAACUCCACAGAGAGGUAUUGGGUAAGGUGAAAUACCAGAUUUGGCCUCUUGACAGGAAACUAAGAGUUCUUCAACAGGCGAAACUAUUUCUAAAAAAACACCAAACAGAAGUAGAAUCCUUACUAAGACAGGAAAAAUCUUUUGCGAGUUACAUAGAGCAGGGUAGAUUAUGGCUGGUUUCAAGCACAGGACAGCUACUUAGGUAG